GGGGGCGCGGGCGGGGGGCGGCGGCGCGUGCCGGGCCCGGCGGAGGCGGCGGAGCGGAGCAUGAAUGGGGCAAGAUGGCGGAUCCAGUGCAGAGCCUGGCCCAGCUGGAGAACCUGUGCAAGCAGCUCUAUGAGACCACAGACACCGCCACACGCCUGCAGGCUGAGAAGGCCCUGGUGGAGUUCACCAACAGCCCAGACUGCCUGAGCAAGUGCCAGCUGCUCCUGGAGAGAGGCAGUUCCUCCUACUCCCAGUUGCUGGCAGCUACAUGCCUUACCAAACUGGUGUCACGCACAAACAACCCUCUGCCCCUGGAACAGAGGAUAGAUAUCCGGAACUAUGUGCUCAACUACCUUGCCACAAGGCCAAAGCUGGCAACCUUUGUGACACAGGCCCUGAUCCAGCUCUAUGCCAGGAUCACAAAGCUGGGCUGGUUUGACUGCCAGAAGGAUGAAUAUGUCUUCAGGAACGUGAUCACAGAUGUCACAAGGUUCUUACAGGAUAGUGUAGAGCACUGCAUCAUAGGAGUGACAAUCCUGUCCCAGCUAACGAAUGAAAUUAAUCAAGCGGACACCACCCACCCCCUGACCAAGCACAGGAAAAUUGCCUCCUCCUUCCGGGACUCCUCCUUGUUUGAUAUUUUCACUCUGUCCUGCAACUUACUGAAGCAGGCUUCUGGGAAGAACCUGAAUCUGAAUGAUGAGAGCCAGCAUGGGCUGCUGAUGCAGCUGCUCAAGCUCACACACAACUGCCUGAACUUUGAUUUCAUUGGCACCUCCACAGACGAGUCCUCAGAUGAUCUUUGCACUGUGCAGAUCCCAACCAGCUGGAGAUCAGCAUUCUUGGAUUCUUCGACCCUCCAGCUGUUUUUUGAUCUCUACCAUUCCAUUCCUCCUUCCUUCUCUCCUCUGGUGUUAUCCUGCUUGGUGCAGAUCGCCUCCGUGCGCAGGUCCCUCUUCAACAACGCCGAGAGGGCAAAGUUCUUAUCUCAUCUCGUUGAUGGAGUUAAAAGGAUACUGGAAAACCCCCAGAGCUUGUCAGACCCCAACAACUACCACGAGUUCUGCCGGCUGCUGGCGCGGUUGAAAAGCAAUUACCAGCUGGGGGAGCUGGUGAAGGUGGAGAACUACCCCGAGGUCAUCAGGCUCAUUGCCAACUUCACUGUCACCAGUCUGCAGCACUGGGAGUUUGCUCCCAACAGUGUUCACUAUCUGCUGAGCCUGUGGCAGCGCCUGGCCGCGUCGGUGCCCUACGUGAAGGCCACAGAACCUCACAUGCUCGAAACCUACACACCAGAGGUCACCAAAGCUUACAUCACCUCCAGGCUGGAGUCUGUCCACAUCAUCUUGAGGGAUGGGCUGGAGGAUCCCCUGGAGGACACAGGCCUGGUGCAGCAGCAGCUGGAUCAGCUGUCCACCAUCGGGCGCUGCGAGUACGAGAAGACCUGCGCGCUGCUGGUGCAGCUCUUCGACCAGUCAGCACAGUCCUACCAGGAGCUGCUGCAGAGUGCCACUGCCAGCCCCAUGGACCUGGCUGUCCAGGAAGGACGCCUGACCUGGUUGGUCUACAUCAUCGGGGCCGUGAUCGGCGGCAGAGUCUCGUUCGCCAGCACGGACGAGCAGGACGCCAUGGACGGAGAGUUGGUCUGUCGGGUGCUGCAGCUGAUGAACCUGACGGACUCUCGGCUGGCACAGGCUGGCAACGAGAAGCUGGAGCUCGCCAUGCUGAGCUUCUUCGAGCAGUUCCGCAAGAUCUACAUCGGGGACCAGGUGCAGAAAUCUUCCAAGCUGUACCGCCGUCUCUCGGAGGUCCUGGGGCUGAAUGAUGAGACCAUGGUCCUGAGUGUCUUCAUAGGCAAAAUCAUCACCAACUUGAAGUACUGGGGUCGAUGUGAACCUAUCACCUCCAAGACGCUGCAGCUGCUCAAUGACCUCUCCAUUGGCUACAGCAGCGUCAGGAAGCUGGUGAAGCUCAGCGCCGUCCAGUUCAUGCUGAACAAUCACACGAGUGAGCACUUUUCCUUCCUGGGCAUUAACAAUCAGUCCAACCUGGCGGACAUGAGGUGUCGGACAACCUUCUACACUGCACUCGGGCGGCUGCUCAUGGUGGACUUAGGGGAAGAUGAGGAUCAGUAUGAGCAGUUCAUGCUGCCCCUCACAGCUGCCUUUGAGACCGUGGCACAGAUGUUCAGCACAAACACCUUCAACGAACAAGAGGCAAAAAGGACUUUGGUUGGCUUGGUGAGAGACUUGAGGGGCAUAGCCUUUGCCUUCAAUGCCAAGACCAGCUUCAUGAUGCUGUUUGAGUGGAUCUACCCCUCCUACAUGCCCAUCCUCCAGCGGGCGAUCGAGCUCUGGUACCAUGACCCAGCCUGCACUACCCCUGUCCUCAAGCUGAUGGCUGAGUUGGUUCAUAACAGGUCCCAACGGCUGCAGUUUGAUGUCUCCUCCCCCAACGGCAUCCUGCUCUUCCGAGAGACCAGCAAAAUGAUAACGACUUAUGGAAAUCGGAUCCUGACGCUCGGGGAGGUCCCAAAGGAUCAGGUCUAUGCCCUGAAGCUGAAGGGGAUUUCCAUCUGCUUCUCCAUGCUGAAGGCUGCGCUGAGCGGGAGCUACGUCAACUUCGGCGUCUUCCGCCUCUACGGGGACGAUGCACUGGACAAUGCCCUGCAGACCUUCAUCAAGCUCCUGCUCUCCAUCCCUCACAGCGACCUCCUGGACUACCCCAAGCUCAGCCAGUCCUACUAUUCCUUGCUGGAAGUUCUCACCCAGGACCACAUGAACUUUAUAGCCAGUCUGGAGCCUCAUGUAAUCAUGUACAUUCUCUCUUCCAUUUCAGAAGGGCUGACUGCACUAGACACCAUGGUUUGCACAGGCUGCUGCUCCUGUCUGGACCACAUUGUCACCUAUCUCUUCAAGCAACUCUCUCGUAGCACCAAGAAGAGGAGCACUCCUCUGACCCAGGAGAGCGACAGGUUCCUGCACAUCAUGCAGCAGCACCCAGAGAUGAUUCAGCAGAUGCUGUCAACGGUGCUGAACAUCAUCAUCUUCGAGGACUGCAGGAACCAGUGGUCCAUGUCUCGGCCUCUGCUUGGUCUGAUCCUGCUCAACGAGAAGUACUUCUCUGACCUGAGGAACAGCAUUGUGAACAGUCAGCCCCCGGAGAAGCAGCAGGCAAUGCACCUCUGCUUCGAGAACCUGAUGGAAGGCAUCGAGCGCAACCUGCUCACCAAGAACAGGGACAGGUUCACCCAAAACCUGUCUGCGUUCCGGCGGGAGGUGAACGACUCCAUGAAGAACUCCACCUACGGCGUCAACAGCAACGACAUGAUGAGCUGACAGCUCCCCCGCGCCGCUGGCCGAGCAGCACCUCUGGCGCCUGGCCCAGAGGGGGUUACCGUUUCCGAUGGAAAGCAGAGAGAAGCCUUUUCUAAUCCCUGCUCUUCCCCAGGGCUGGAAUUCGGCAGGCGCUCAACUUUUUGAGUCCUGUUGCUCCCCAAGUCCUUCAACCCCACCCCAAAAAGCCGCAGGGGGAGGAGGGGAACGAGAGAGAGAGAGAAACAAAACAAAAAAGAGGAAAAGAAACAAAAGAAACAAAAAACAAAAGAGGUUUGUUGAGCUCUCCAGGUGCUUGUUUUUUGUGGGGAGGGGGUGGCUGAGGCAGCAAAAGAAAAGAGGGGGAGGGAGCAGGGAGGGGGAAGAGGGGAGGGGGGGAGGGGGAGGUGUCUCCCUUCUUGCCUCCCACCCCCCGGCCCCCAGGGGGACGCCAGAGCUCUGCUGCAGCCCUGCCUUGUAUAAACAUGUACAUUUUUUCAUAACGUUUUGAACAAGGUUUAUAUUGACUCGAGUUUAACAGAAAAAAAAUGCAAAAACAAAAGAAAAAAGAAACAGGAAGAAAAGGAAGGGAAAAAAAAUGGGGGAAAGAAAAAAACAAACAAAAAAAAAACAAACAGGAAAAAAAAGAAAAAAAAAGGAGAGAGAAAAAAGAGAGAAAAAAAAAGAGAGAAAAAAAAAGGGGAAAAAAAAAGGGAAAAAAAAGAAAAAAAAAAAGGAAAAAAAAAAAAAGAGGAAAAAAAAAAGAGAAUGAAAAAAGGUUCAAAAAAACCAAACAAAACAGACAAAAAAAAAAAAGUGUGAUUGAAACUUUUUACAGAGUCUUGGUGCAACAGUGCUGGCGUGAGGGGUUUGGUGUGAGAGUGAGGAAAGUGUGUCCCAGGGGUUGUUUUGGGGUGAGGGGGGGAUGGUGUUUGGUGGGAGGGGGUGGGGAGGGGAAGGGGCCUGAAGCUUUCUUGGGAGAGGGGGUGGGGGUGUGGAAGUGCAGAGAUUUAUUUAGUGGCAAAGGUAGAGAGAAGCAAAACAAAAGAGAAACUCACAAAAACCAAACUGAAAAGCCAACAAAGCCCAACAGGGAAAUCAGUGAGAGGAAAAGGAUGAACCCCCCCAGGACCCCACUGAAAAGCCACAAACUCCACCUGAGCCCUGAGCAGACUCACAGCUCCAGCUGAACCCAGGCAAAGCCACAGACCCCAGCCCAGACCCAACUCACAGCCACAAAAUCCAACCCAGCCCUAACUGAACCCUCAAACCCCAACCCAGACCCAACUCAGCCCUAACUGAACCCACAAACUCCAGACCCCAACCCAGACCCAACUCAGCCCUAACUGAACCCUCAAACCCCAACCCAGACCCAACUCAGCCCUAACUGAACCCACAAACUCCAAUCAAACUCCAACCCAAACCCAACUAACAGCCACAAAAUCCUACUCAGCCCUAUCUGAACCCUCAAACUUCAAUCAAACCCCAACCCAGACCCAACUAACAGCCACAGGCUCCAACUCAACCCUAACUGAACCCACAAAUUCUAACCAAAAUCCAACCCAAACUCAACUAAAAGCCACAAACUCCAACUGAACCCAAACAAAGCCAUAAACCCCAAUCCAAACCCAACUAACAGCCACAAACUCCAACUCAACCCUAACUGAACCCACAAACUAACCAAAACCCAACUAAACCCCACAAAGUCCAACUGGACCCAAACAGAAAGCCACAAACCCCAAACCAAACUAACACCCAGAAACUCCAACUGAACCCUAACUGAAACCCUCAAACUCCAACCAAAACCCAAGAGGAAGCCACAAACCCCAACUAAAACCCAACUAAAACCCAACAAAACCUCACAAACUCCACCUGAGCCCUAGUUAAACCCCACAAACUCUAAUCAAAACCCAACUAAACCCCAAUAGAAAGCCACAAGCCUCAAUUAAAGCCCAGCUGAAAUCUACAAACCCCAACCAAAACCCCACAAGAAGCCACAAAUCCCAACUGAACCCCAACAAAACCCCACAGAGCCCAACACAAUCCAAGAAAAAACAGAACCCAAAUGAAACCAACCCCAAAAAAUCAACAAAAUCCCAAGGAAACCAAACUAAGCCUAAUCAACCCCCCCCAAACCUCCACCAAAGCAAAGAAAACCUAACAAGAACCCAAUGGAAGCCGAAAAUAGAUCAACAGAACUCAAUAAAAAAUCCAACAGAGCCCCAAAAAACCUAACAGAGAUCAACAGAGCCCAAAAUAAACCCAACAGAGAUCAACAGAGCCCAAAAUAAACCCAACAGAGAUGAACAGAGCCCAAAAUAAACCCAACAGAGAUGAACAGAGCCCAAAAUAAACCCAACAGAGAUCAACAGAGCCCAAAAUAAACCCAACAGAGAUCAUCAGAGCCCAAAAGAAUCCAACAGAGAUCAACAGAGCCCAAAAUAAACCCAACAGAGCCCCAAAAAAUCCAACAGAGAUCAACAGAGCCCAAAAUAAACCCAACAGAGAUCAACAGGACCCCAAAAAAACCCAACAAAGGUCAACAGAACCCAACAGAAACCCAACAGAACUAACAGAGCUCCCCCCAGCCCCCCCCCCAGGCUCUCCCAGUUCCAGACCUUGAUGACUUUUUCCCUUCUCCAGCCCCUCCCCAGCCCCUCCUCAGCCCUUCCCCUCCCCUGGUGAUUGGGAACUCGAAGCCAUGCGGCCUGCUCCUGCUCCCUGCUUGCUCCUGGCUCUCUCUCUCUGUCUCUCUCUCCAUGGUGUAGCUGCUCCCAACCUGCUUCUUGACCCUUUCUCACUCUUUCCCCUUCUCCUCCUCAGCUUUUGAGUUUUGGGGUUGUUGUUUUCUUUUUCCCCCUCCCCCAUCUCAAGCUCGCAGGUAGCAGCCCCUGGGGGGCUCCUCAAGGAGCUCCUCAGCCACAUCUGCCCUUGGCUGGGGCUGAGGCUGCUGCUGCCAUGGCAGAGGUUUGGCCUCCCCUGCAGUGUGGGACGCUUGGAGCAGGGAGGGAGUUGAGCCUCCAGCCCUGGAGGUGUUCAAAGUGAAGCUCCGCAGGGCUCUGAGCCAGCGCAGAGCUCCCUGCUGGCUGCAGGGGGUUGGACUGGAUGAGCUUUGGAGGUGCCACGCUGGGACUCUGCCUCACCCCCCCACACCCCCACGGGGGGUUAGGUCACCACCAGCAACGUUUGGGCUGGGGCAUGGCCUCGGAGAGGGCAGCAGAUGGGGAAGGGAACCUCUUUGCCUCGUACUUUGCCCACUCUGGUUGCUGCUACUUGUGUGCAUCCCUGCUCAGCUCCACCACGGCCCCUCCCCACACCUCCCCCUCCUCACUUUGCCCUUUGCUUUCUUUGCUUUCCUCUUUUCCUUCUUCUCUUUGCUCCUUCCUUUUUCCUUGGUUGGUUGGUUGGGUUGGGUUGCUUUUGGGUUCUUCUCGUCUGGGGUUUGGGCUUUCAUUCUUGGUGGUUUUUUGGUUCAUUUUCUUCUGUUUCAUUUUCUCUUUUGGCUUUCUUUGGGUUUGGUUUUUCUUUUUUCCUGUUGGGACUUUUCCUCUCUUCUCUGUUUGGUUUUUGUGUUCUUCUCUUGGUUUACCUUUUGUUUUUCUCUUGCCUUUGGGUUUUGUUUUACUUUUGUUGGGUUUGUUUUUCUUUGUGGUUUUGUUUUCUGCACUCCCUUCUGCCUCCUUCCCCUCCUCCCUCCCUCCUUCCCCUCCUCCCUCCCUCCUGCCUCCUUCCCCUCCUGCCUCCCUCCUGCCUCCUUCCCCUCCUGCCUCCCUCCUGCCUCCUUCCCCUCCUGCCUCCCUCCUGCCUCCUUCCCCUCCUGCCUCCCUCCUGCCUCCUUCCCCUCCUCCCUCCCUCCUGCCUCCUUCCCCUCCUCCCUCCCUCCUGCCUCCUUCCCCUCCUCCUGCCUCUCCUCCCUCCCUCCUGCCUCUCCUCCCUGCCUCCUGCCUCCUUCCGCCUCACUCCCUUCUGCCUCUUUUCAUUUCCUCCACUUCUGUUUUCCUCUUUCUUUCCUUCCUUCAUUUCCUUUUGGGUUUUCUGUGUUCUCAUUUUUGUUUCAUUUUUUUGGGGGCUGUUUUUUUUUUCCCUGCUUUCUUUUUCAUUCUCUUUUCCUUUCUUCUUCUUUUCUUUGCUCUCUUUUCCUCUCCUCUUUUCUUCUCCCUUUUCUUCCCUCUGCUGACUGUGUUGGGUCCUUUACUUUGUUUGUUCUCCCGCGUGAGCAGAUUGCUGGUUGACUUGUCAGGGUGUUUGCUGCAUACAGUGUAAGCAUUGUGACUGCAAAUAAAACUUCAAUGGUUUCUA